CGAACAUUUGAAAAAAAGAGAACGAGAAAUGAAUUUAGUAUAUUCGAGGCUGCAAUAGAAAGCGUGUCAGACCACCGUCUCAUAUUCAAGUCUGAUAAGAGUUCUAUGUGGCGUAUUUAAUGAAAUUUGAGAGCGACACACAAAGAGAAAAAGAGAGAGAGAAAGAUAAACGCGAAACGAAUUAAAGCUGACAUAAAAGUUUGAAAUAAAACUACCUGAAUUGGAGUACUCCGAAACUAUAUUGCGUCGAUUGUAAAAAAAGGGUAGCUUGAAUUAAUUUAAGUCAUGCCUUGUAAUUUUACGACGUUAAAUAAUAAUUAGCCCGAAAGAAGAACAAAAAAGGAAACUACCUGUCGACGAGUGCAAACCCAACCAAAUAAAUGUAAAACUUCAAACGAAUCGCCACUCAUUUAGUUUAAAUACUUCGGAAAAGAAGAAAAUAUCGAUAAAUUGACAACAGAACGAACAAAAAUAAUAAGUUAAAUUAAAGUGUCUUACGUUCAGCUGAAAAAUGGCUGAAGCGGAAGGAGGAUCGGAGCAGGAUGAUGUUUCGUUCUUACGGACGGAAGACAUGGUGUGCUUAUCAUGCAACGCCACCGGAGAACGUGUCAUGCUAGCGGCCGAAGGAUUUGGUAAUCGUCAUUGUUUCCUUGAAAAUAUUGCCGAUAAAAAUGUGCCACCCGACCUGUCGCAGUGCGUGUUUGUCAUCGAACAAGCGUUAUCAGUUCGUGCUUUACAGGAAUUAGUCACAGCUACUGGCAACGAAUCGGAGGGAGAUUCUCUAGGUAAAGGUACUGGAUCCGGUCAUAGAACUCUACUUUAUGGCAAUGCAAUCCUAUUGCGUCACCACAACAGCGACAUGUAUUUAGCAUGUUUAUCAACGUCUUCUUCCAACGAUAAGCUAUCCUUUGAUGUUGGUUUGCAAGAGCACAGCCAGGGUGAAGCGUGUUGGUGGACUGUUCAUCCAGCCAGCAAACAACGUUCUGAAGGUGAAAAAGUUCGUGUUGGUGAUGAUUUGAUUUUGGUAUCAGUUGCCACCGAACGUUAUUUGCACACAACGAAAGAAAACGAUCAAUCAAUUGUAAAUGCUAGUUUUCAUGUAACACAUUGGUCUGUUCAGCCUUAUGGGACUGGAAUUUCACGAAUGAAAUAUGUUGGUUAUGUAUUUGGAGGUGAUGUACUGCGAUUCUUACAUGGCGGCGAUGAAUGCUUGACGAUACCAGGAACAUGGUCAAGGGAACCCGAACAGAACAUCGUGAUAUAUGAAGGUGGUUCAGUGAUGUCACAGGCUAGAUCUCUAUGGCGUCUGGAAUUGGCACGAACAAAAUGGUCUGGUGGCUUUAUCAAUUGGUGUCAUCCGAUGCGAAUCAGGCAUAUCACAACUGGACGAUAUUUGGGUGUGAAUGACAAUCAGGAAUUAAUAUUGUUAAAACAACAAGAAGCUGAUAUUAAUAAGACAUCAUUUCGUUUGCGACAAUCGAAAGAUGAAGCAAUCAAAGACAAACUCGAAGACAAAGAUUUGGAAGUGAUUGGUGCACCGAUUAUAAGAUAUGGUGACACAACCGUCAUUUUACAACAUUGUCAAACCGAAUUGUGGCUCAGUUACAAAAGUUACGAAACGAAAAAGAAAGGCGUCGGCAAAGUCGAAGAGAAACAAGCCAUUUUACAUGUUGAAGGUAAAAUGGAUGAUUUUCUUGAUUUCUCACGAUCACAAGAAGAAGAAUCGAAAACAGCUAGAGUUAUACGUAAAUGUAGCAGUUUAUUCACCAAAUUCAUUAAUUCAUUGGAAACAUUGCAACAAAAUCGUCGUCAUUCAAUGUUUUUUCAGUCGGUAAAUUUGGCCGAAAUGGUAAUGUGUUUAGAGGAUUUAAUCAAUUAUUUUGCACAACCCGAAGAUGAUAUGGAACACGAAGAAAAGCAAAAUCGUUUUCGUGCCUUACGUAAUCGUCAAGAUUUAUUCCAAGAAGAAGGUGUUCUCAAUUUGAUUCUCGAAGCCAUUGAUAAAAUAAAUGUGAUUACAUCACAAGGUUUUUUGGCUGCAUUUUUUGGUGAUGAAAGCGGCACUCAUUGGGAACUCAUUUCUGGUUAUCUUUAUCAAUUGUUGGCCGCCAUAAUCAAAGGCAAUCACACAAAUUGUGCACAAUUUGCAAAUUCAAAUCGAUUGAAUUGGCUUUUCUCCCGUUUGGGAUCGCAAGCGUCCAGCGAAGGAUCCGGUAUGCUUGAUGUAUUGCAUUGUGUAUUGAUUGAUUCGCCAGAAGCGUUGAAUAUGAUGCGAGAUGAACAUAUUAAAGUGAUCAUUAGUUUGUUGGAAAAACACGGUCGUGAUCCAAAAGUAUUGGAUGUUUUAUGUUCACUUUGUGUGGGUAAUGGUGUUGCGGUGCGUUCGUCACAAAAUAAUAUCUGCGAUUAUUUAUUGCCCGGCAAAAAUCUUCUACUUCAAACACAAUUAGUUGAUCAUGUUGCAAGCAUUCGGCCAAAUAUUUUUGUUGGUCGUGUAGAUGGUUCGGCUACGUAUCAAAAAUGGUAUUUUGAAAUAACAAUGGAUCAUAUCGAGCAGAAAACGCACAUGACACCGCAUUUAAGAAUUGGCUGGGCCAAUACAACCGGCUAUGUGCCUUAUCCAGGCGGUGGUAAAAAGUGGGGCGGCAAUGGUGUCGGUGAUGAUUUGUAUUCGUUCGGUUUUGAUGGUGCAUUUCUUUGGACGGGCGGUAAAAAUACGCCAGUUCUUCAAGAUAUACCACUCGAACCAUAUAUACGAAAAGGUGAUGUUAUCGGUGUUGCACUUGAUUUGAAUGUUCCCAUAAUUUAUUUCACAUUCAAUGGUCAAAAGGUCAAGGGAACUUUUCGCAAUUUCAAUCUUGAUGGAAUGUUCUUUCCGGUCAUGAGUUGCUCAUCGAAAUUAAGUUGUCGCUUUUUGCUCGGUGGUGAUCAUGGUCGUUUAAAAUACGCGCCGCCAUUUGGAUUUUCACCAUUGGUUCAAUGUCUGAUGCCACAUCAAAUAUUGAGUUUGGAUCCUUGUUUUUAUUUCGGCAAUUUGAAUAAAAAUGUCAUAGCGGGUCCAUGGUUAAUUGAAGACGAUACAGCUUUCGUUCCGAAUCCAGUAGAUACAUCAACAGUCACAUUGCCAUCAUCAGUUGAUCAAAUCAAGGAUAAAUUGGCCGAAAAUAUCCAUGAAAUGUGGGCAUUAAAUAAAAUUGAAAGCGGUUGGAUGUGGGGAGAGCGUCGUGACGACUUGCAUCGUAUUCAUCCGUGUUUGACACAUUUCGAUAAAUUACCAGCGGCCGAAAAGCGUUACGAUUGCCAAUUAGCCGUACAAACAUUAAAAACAAUAAUUGCCAUUGGCUACUACAUAAUAAUGGACAAACCACCGGCUCGAAUUCGUCCAAUUCGAUUACCAAAUGAGCCGUUCAUGCAGGGAAAUGGUUAUAAACCAGCACCACUUGAUUUGAGUGCCGUUACUUUAACGCCAAAACUCGAAGAGUUGGUCGAUCAAUUGGCCGAAAAUACGCACAAUUUAUGGGCAAAGGAGCGCAUUCAACAAGGUUGGACCUAUGGAUUGAAUGAAGAUUCCGAUACAUUGCGCAGUCCACAUUUAGUUCCGUACAGUAAAGUCGACGACGCAAUUAAAAAAGCCAAUCGAGAUACAGCGUCGGAAACGGUUCGAACACUUUUGGUGUACGGUUACAAUUUGGAUCCACCGACCGGUGAAGGAAACGAAGCACUACUUGCAGAAGCGCUACGCCAAAAAUACGCCGCAUUUCGAACAUAUCGUGUCGAACGAAAUUAUGCGGUUACAUCGGGGAAAUGGUACUUUGAAUUCGAAGUUCUUACUGCUGGUCCGAUGAGGGUCGGUUGGUGUCGUACGGAUUGUAAACCAGGUGUUAUGCUUGGUGCCGACGAUGGUUCAGGAUGGGCAUUUGAUGGUUACAAUGAAGAAAAAGUGUAUGCCGGCUCAACUGAGUCAUUUGGCAGACAAUGGGUACCUGGCGAUGUGGUUGGCGUCUUCCUUGAUUUGGUUGAUCAUACUAUCAGUUUUUCGUUGAAUGGUGAACUAUUGAUGGAUACACUUGGUGGCGAAACGACAUUUGCUGAUGUUACAGCUGCUGAAGGUGUUGGAUUUGUGCCAUCUUUUACGCUAGGUGUUGGACAAAAAGCCCGACUUGUCUAUGGUCAAAAUGUUGAUUCACUGAAAUAUUUCACCACUUGUGGUUUGCAAGAAGGUUACGAACCAUUUUGUGUAAACAUGAGACGACCGGUUACACAUUGGUAUACAAAAGAUCAACCAAUUUUUGAAAAUACCGAAGAUAUGAUUGAUUGUCGAAUUGAUGUGACCCGUAUACCGGGCGGUGCUGAUUCACCACCAUGCUUGAAAAUUUCACACAACACAUUUGAAACGAUGGAAAAAGCAAAUUGGGAAUUUUUGCGCCUGUCACUGCCAGUUACAUGUCACUCUGAAUUCAUUUCCGAACAAGAGAAAGCCAGACGAUGGGAGGAAAUAAAAUUACGACAACAUCGUUUAGCCGAAGAAGUACAAAGACAAGAUGUGCAGAAUCCAUCGCAUAUGGAUCACAUUAUGCAAAGUGGUUUUACAAUGAACGACAUCAAAGGUUUGCAUCGUUUCGGUGAAGAAGGAGUUGAGGCCGAUGAACAGAUGGCAUCUCAUCUUAAUCCGUCACGACCACCGCGCAAAGGAUCGGUGAGCCGUGGUAGUCCAAAUUAUGAUAUGGCACGAUCAACAAGUGCCUUAGAUAUUGACACCUUUCAAAUGGAGGGCGACGACAAAGGCGACAAGAAACGCGGACGCAGUCCAUUUAAAUUCUUUAAAAGAGGUCAAAGCAAAGACAAACAUAAAUCGAAAUCACCACCGGAUCGUAAACGUGGAACAUCUGUUGGCCGAAGCACAUCUCCACAGCAAAGAGCUCCGACGGUUCGUAUCUCUGAUGCCGAUUUGCGUGCAGGUCAACCACCUCCACAGCUUCAACUCGAUCGAUCAGCAAAUAAAACGAUGACAGUGAAUGCGCUAAAUGCGCAGGGCAUUGAAUCGAUUGGAAACGAAGUGUAUGAUGCGGAAUGCCUUAAAAUGAUCAACGAAUAUUUCUAUGGUGUACGAAUUUAUCCGGGUCAAGAUCCAACACAUGUGUACGUUGGAUGGGUGACAACACAAUAUCAUUUGCAUAGCAGAGAAUUCAAUCGUGAUAAGGUUCGUCGCGUCUCUGUUUUUAUGGAAGACGAAUAUGAGCAGCCAAUCGAUCGUGUUGAUCGUCAAAGUUGUUAUAUGGUACGUGCCGAUGAAUUAUUUAACGAGGUAUCACAAGAUGCAUCCGGAAAAGGUGCAACACAGGGAAUGUUUGUCGGUUGUUUUGUUGAUACGGCAACCGGUACGAUAAAAUUCACAUGCGAAGGUAAAGUAACAUCGCAUCGAUGGCAAAUGGAACCGGACACCAAACUAUUUCCAGCCAUUUUUGUUGAAGCAACGAGCAAAGAAAUUUUACAAAUUGAAUUGGGACGUACACCAACCACAUUGCCACUGUCGGCAGCCGUUUUACCAACAAGCGAUAAACAUGUGAAUCCACAAUUUCCACCACGUCUUAAAAUUCAGUGCUUGAAACCACAUCAAUGGGCACGUGUACCAAAUGUAACCCUACAAGUACAUGCAUUGAAAUUGUCCGAUAUUCGUGGUUGGUCAAUGCUUUGUGAAGAUCCGAUUUCGAUGCUUGCAUUGCAUAUUCCAGAAGAAGAUCGAUGCAUUGAUAUUCUUGAAUUGAUCGAAAUGGAUAAAUUGUUAGCGUUCCAUUCAUAUACAUUAACAUUGUAUGCAGCACUUUGUUUUCAAUCAAACUAUAGAGCCGCCCAUGCGCUGUGUUUGCAUGUUGAUCAAAAACAAUUACUUUAUGCCAUCAAAGCAGAAUACAUGAGCGGACAACUUAGACAAGGAUUUUAUGACUUAUUGAUUGCUAUGCAUUUGGAAUCGCAUGCAAAUACAAUGGAAGUGUGCAAAAAUGAAUUUAUCAUCCCACUUGGACCCGAACUUAUAGAAUUGUAUAACGAUGAAGAAAUGAGACACUCACUAAGAUCAUUGCAAACAGAAUCAGUGCGACCACAGCUUCGAAUGACGGAAAUAGUAGAUAUAUAUAACCCACAUCAAAUGAUACCUUCGGCAAAUGAUGUUUUCAGUGAACCGAUACCAACCAUUGAUGCACUGUAUUCGCCCAAAUUUCCAUUGGAAGAGGUACGUGAUUUCGUAAUGGAAGCACUGCAUGAGGCUGUUGAUGUGAAUCAAGUACAUAACCGUGAUCCAAUUGGAUGGUCGAAUGAAAAUCUGUUUUUGCCAUUGUUGAAGCUUAUCGAUCGUUUGUUGCUUGUGGGAAUCGUAACGGACAAUGAUGUGCAAAAGUUGUUAAUCAUGAUUGAUCCGGAGACAUGGGAUCAUGAAUUUGAUCGUGAAGGAAAAGAUGAACAUCGCAAAGGAUUGUUAACAAUGAAAAUGGCUGAAGGUGCAAAAUUGCAAAUGUGCUAUUUAUUGCAUCAUUUUACUGACCUUCAAUUGCGACAUCGUGUUGAAAGUAUUAUUUCAUUUUCACAUGAUUUUAUCGGUGUUUUACAAGAUGAUCAAUUGCGUCGUUACAUUGAAAUCAAGCAAUGCGAUUUACCAAGCGCCAUUGUAGCAAAGAAAACACGUGAAUACCGUUGUCCACCGCGUGAACAAAUGAACUCAAUUUUAAGUUUCAAAGAUUUGGAUCCAGACGAUAUUGAAAAUUGUCCAUGCGGCGUUGAUGUGAGGGACAGUUUCCUCGCAUUCCAUGAGAAUUUCUUGGGUAAAGUGUCAUUGACAGCCUUACAAGAGCCCGAAGUUGAAGAUGAAACGGUCGAUACAAAACCAUCGGCAUUGACAAAACUAUAUAAUUUUAUAAAUGCCGUUAAAGAUGCCGAAGAAAGUGUCGAAGAACAAACAGUCGAACCGGAAAAGAAAACGCCAGAAGAAGUGUUCCGUAAAGUAUUGAUUAAGACAAUUGUCGGAUGGGCGGAAGAAUCACAAAUUGAAAAUCCAAAAUUGGUUCGUGAAAUGUUUGGUUUAUUGGUGCGUCAAUACGAUACGGUUGGCGAAUUGAUUCGUGCAUUGGAAAAAACCUAUGUAAUAAAUAGCAAAACGAAAGUUGAUGUGGCUACGAUGUGGAUUGGACUUAGUCAAAUUCGUGCCUUAUUACCUGUACAAAUGAGUCAAGAAGAGGAAGAAUUAAUGCGUACACGUUUAUGGAAAUUGGUGAAUAAUCAUACAUUUUUCCAGCAUCCAGAUUUAAUUCGAAUUUUACGUGUUCACGAAAACGUGAUGGCCGUUAUGAUGAAUACAUUGGGUCGUCGGGCUCAAGCACAAAGCGACGCACCGGCCAUUAGCGAAGGUGGUGAAAUGCCGGUCAAAGAAAAGGAUACAUCACACGAAAUGGUUGUGGCAUGUUGUCGUUUUCUUUGCUAUUUCUGUCGCACCAGUCGACAAAAUCAAAAGGCAAUGUUCGAUCACUUUGAUUUUCUGUUGGAAAAUUCAAACAUUCUAUUGUCACGGCCUAGUUUACGCGGUUCAACGCCACUUGAUGUUGCCUAUUCUAGUUUGAUGGAAAACACUGAAUUGGCACUUGCGUUACGUGAACAUUAUUUGGAAAAAAUUGCAAUUUAUCUAUCACGUUGUGGAUUACAAAGUAAUUCGGAAUUAGUUGAAAAGGGUUAUCCGGAUUUGGGUUGGGAUCCAGUAGAAGGUGAACGUUAUUUGGACUUUUUACGAUUUUGUGUUUGGGUGAAUGGUGAAUCGGUUGAAGAGAACGCGAAUUUGGUAAUUCGUUUGCUGAUUCGACGGCCAGAAUGUUUGGGUCCAGCAUUGCGUGGUGAAGGUGAAGGUUUAUUGCGUGCCAUUGUUGAUGCAAAUAAAAUGUCCGAAAAAAUUGCCGAACGUCGUAAGUUGCACGAUGAAGCCGAAGGCACAAUGAGCGGUUUGAAUUUCGUGCAUCCAUUGCCAGAGGGUGACGACGAUGAAGAUUAUAUUGAUACGGGUGCAGCUAUAUUAGGUUUUUAUUGUACACUUGUUGAUUUAUUGGGACGUUGUGCACCCGAACCAUCUGUCAUUGAUCAAGGUAAAAAUGAAUCAACUCGUGCUCGUGCCAUUUUACGUUCACUAGUGCCAUUAGAGGAUUUACAAGGUGUGUUGAGUUUGAAAUUUACAUUACACCAACCGGUGCCCGGCGAAGAAAAACCAAAAUCUGACAUGCCUUCUGGAUUAAGGCCUGGACAUAAAGAAAAUAUUGUUCUUUUCUUGGAACGAGUUUAUGGCAUUGAAACACAUGAUUUAUUCUAUCGCAUUCUUGAAGAUGCAUUUUUGCCAGAUUUAAGAGUGGCCACAAUGCUUGAUAAGAAUGACGGAAGUGAAAGUAAUAUGGAGUUGUCAAUGAAUCGCUACAUUGGAAUCUCCAUAUUGCCGCUGUUGAUCAAACAUGCAAAAUUCUAUAAUGAAGCUGAAAACUAUGCCAGUUUAUUAGAUGCUACAUUGCACACCGUAUAUCGUUUGUCAAAGAAUCGAAUGCUUACAAAAGGACAACGUGAAGCCGUUUCGGAUUUCUUGGUGGCAUUGACAUCCUCAAUGCAGCCGGCUAUGUUAUUGAAACUAUUACGCAAACUCACUGUCGACGUAUCCAAAUUAUCAGAAUAUACAACGGUUGCGUUGCGACUAUUGACAUUGCACUAUGAGCGUUGUGCUAAAUAUUAUGGUUCAAGUCAAGGUCAAGCUACCUAUGGUGCUGCAUCCGAUGAAGAGAAACGACUAACCAUGAUGUUAUUCUCAAACAUUUUCGAUUCACUCAGCAAUAUGGAUUAUGAUCCCGAAUUGUUUGGAAAGGCAUUGCCAUGUUUGAUUGCGAUCGGUUGUGCAUUGCCACCAGACUAUUCAUUACCACAAAAAUCGGAUGAUGAUUUCUAUGGUAAAAGUUCGGGUAAUCCAGAUCAACCGCAAUACAAUCCACAACCAAUCAAUACAUCGAUGAUAACACUCGACAACGAUUUGAAUUCAAUUGUACAGAAAUUCAGUGAACACUAUCACGAUGCAUGGGCCAGUCGUAAAAUGGAAACCGGAUGGACAUACGAGGAAGUGUGGUCGGAUGCAAAUAAAACGCAUCCACGCCUUAAACCAUAUAACAUGUUGAACGAUUAUGAACGAGAACGUUACAAAGAGCCAGUUAGAGAAAGUCUCAAAGCUUUGCUUGCAUUGAACUGGACAGUUGAACAUGCUGAUGUUGAUGCACCACUUUCACAUCGCGGAUCGGCCAGACGUCAAUCAAAACCAAAUCUUAGUGAUGGCAAUGCAUUUAACUACAAUCCACAUCCGGUUGAUAUGACAAAUUUGACAUUGAAUCGUGAAAUGCAAAAUAUGGCCGAGCGAUUGGCAGAAAAUUCACAUGACAUUUGGGCAAAGAAGAAACGCGAAGAAAUUGAUACAUGUGGAGGUGCAAUUCAUCCACAAUUGGUACCAUAUGAUUUGUUAACCGACAAAGAAAAGCGUAAAGAUCGUGAACGAUCACAAGAAUUUUUAAAAUACAUGCAAUACCAAGGAUUGAAACUUCACAAGCCAUCUCGAGCAGACACAAUGGUCGACGGUGAACAGGCUGCAACACAAGCUGCAAUUGAACUACGUUUCUCUUAUUCAUUACUCGAGAAGCUCAUUGCAUAUUUGGAUCGUGCAACAAUUAACAUGAAACUACUGAAACCUUCGUCCACAUUCAGUCGCCGUACAUCGUUUAGAACGGCAUCACGCGAUAUAAAAUUCUUCUCAAAAGUUGUAUUGCCAUUGAUUGAAAAAUACUUUUCAACGCAUCGCAGUUAUUUUAUAGCGGUUGCAACAGCAACCAAUAAUAUUGGUGCUGCAUCAUUAAAAGAAAAAGAAAUGGUUGCAGCGAUAUUCUGUAAAUUGUCCAAUUUAUUGCGUCAACGUUUAUCGGCAUUUGGUCCGGAUGUUCGAAUCACGGUGCGAUGCUUACAGGUACUGGUAAAAGGUAUCGAUGCAAAAUCAUUGGUAAAAAAUUGUCCCGAAUUUAUUCGGACAUCGAUGUUAACAUUUUUCAAUAAUACGGCCGACGAUUUGGGACAGACAAUAACAAAUUUACAAGAUGGAAAAUACAGUCAUUUACGCGGUACACAUUUAAAAACAUCCACAUCAUUGGCAUAUGUGAAUCAAGUUAUUUUACCGGUAUUAACAGCAAUGUUUGAUCAUUUGGCGUCAUGCGAUUAUGGCAGUGAUUUAUUGUUGGACGAAAUUCAAGUUGCAUCAUAUAAAAUUUUGGCCGCAUUAUACACACUUGGCAUCGAUGGUACGCUUACCAAUGAUCGAAAAUAUUUGAAAACCGAAAUUGAACGUAGUCGACCGAGUUUGGGUUCGUGCUUAGGUGCAUUUAGCUCAACGUUUCCGGUUGCAUUCUUGGAACCGCAUCUUAACAAACAUAAUCUAUUUUCGUUACUUAAUCGCAUUGCCGAUCAUUCGUUAGAAGCUCAAGAUAUUAUGGUUCGCAUGGAAAGUUCAAUGCCAAAUUUGGAAUCGAUUUUAUCCGAAGUUGAUCAAUUUGUUGAAUCGGAUAAAACAUAUGGCGAUGCACCGCAUAUAAUUGAUGUUAUUUUACCAUUGUUAUGCUCAUAUCUACCAUUUUGGUGGUCACAAGGUCCGGACAAUGUAUCGCCAACCAGUGGUAAUCAUGUUACAAUGGUGACCGCCGAUCACAUGAACGUUUUGCUGAAAAAUGUUUUAAAAAUGAUUAAAAAGAAUAUCGGAAAUGAAAAUGCACCGUGGAUGACACGAAUUGCCGCAUAUACACAACAAAUCAUUAUCAAUAGUUCAGAAGAAUUGUUGAUUGAUCCAUUCUUACCGUUGGCCGAACGUGUCCGAAAGCGAACCGAUAACAUGUUCCAUAAAGAAGAAAGUAUGCGCGGUUUUAUUAAAUCGGCAAACGAUGAUACAUCACAAAUUGAAACACAAAUUCAAGAAGAUUGGCAACUUUUGGUGCGUGAUAUUUAUUCAUUCUAUCCGUUGCUCAUUAAAUACGUUGAUUUGCAACGUAAUCAUUGGCUGAAAAAUAACAUUCAUGAAGCUGAAGAGUUGUACAAUUAUGUGGCCGAAAUAUUUAAUAUUUGGUCAAAGAGUCAAUACUUUUUGAAAGAAGAGCAAAACUUUAUAUCGGCCAAUGAAAUUGAUAAUAUGACACUGAUUAUGCCAACGGCAACACGACGAACAACAACCGUAAAUGAUGGUGCAUCAGCCGGUGGCAAAGUGAAAAAGAAGAAGAAACAUCGUGACAAGAAACGUGACAAAGAUAAAGAGGUGCAAGCCAGUUUAAUGGUGGCUGCCUUGAAACGUCUUUUGCCCGUCGGUUUGAAUUUGUUUGCCGGCCGAGAACAAGAACUUGUUCAACACUGUAAAGAUCGUUAUCUCAAGAAAAUGCCAGAAAGUGAGGUCAUUGAAUUUGCGCGCACACAACUCACAUUGCCAGAUAAACUUGAUCCAGCUGAUGAAAUGUCGUGGCAACAUUAUUUGUACUCAAAAUUGGGGAAGAAUCAAACAUCCGAAGAGAUUAUUGAAAAACCACCAACAGGCGUGCCAGCCGAAAAGACAAAAACCAAAGAACAAAUCAUUCAAGAAACUGUUGAACGCAUUGUUGCAAUGGCCAAAGUUUUAUAUGGACUUCACAUGAUUGAUCAUCCACAACAACAAAGUAAAAACGUUUAUCGAAGUGUCGUUUCGAUACAAAGAAAACGAGCUGUUAUCGCUUGUUUCCGUCAACUUUCAUUACAUUCACUGCCAAGACAUCGAGCAUGCAACAUCUUUGCCAGAACAUAUUACGAAUUAUGGUUGCAGGAAGAAAACGUUGGCCAAGAAAUUAUGAUCGAAGAUUUAACGCAAUCGUUUGAAGAUGCGGAAAAGAAAAAGAAAGAAGAUGAAGAAGAAGAGGGUAAACCAGAUCCAUUGACACAAUUGGUAACGACAUUCUGUCGUGGUGCAAUGACUGAACGCAGCGGUGCACUACAGGAAGAUCCAUUGUAUAUGUCAUAUGCACACAUCGUGGCCAAAUCAUGUGGCGAAGAAGCAGAGGAUGAAGGUGGUAGCGAGGGCGAUGAAGUGGCCAGUAUUCAUGAACAAGAAAUGGAAAAACAAAAACUCUUGUUUGCCCAAGCUCGGCUAAACAAUCGUGGUGUUGCCGAAAUGGUGUUGCUUCAUAUAUCCGCUUCAAAGGGUGUUCCAAGUGAUAUGGUUAUGAUAACAUUGGAAUUGGGUAUUGCCAUUUUGCGCGGCGGUAAUAUUGACAUUCAAAUGGGAAUGUUGAAUCAUUUGAAGGAAAAGAAAGAUGUUGGCUUCUUCACAUCGAUUGCUGGCCUAAUGAACUCAUGCAGCGUUUUGGAUUUGGAUGCAUUUGAACGUAACACAAAAGCUGAAGGUCUAGGUGUUGGCUCGGAAGGUGCAGCGGGCGAGAAAAAUAUGCACGAUGCUGAAUUUACAUGUGCCCUUUUCCGGUUUAUUCAACUCACUUGCGAAGGUCACAAUCUGGAAUGGCAAAAUUAUUUGCGUACACAAGCUGGUAAUACGACAACAGUGAAUGUGGUCAUUUGUACGGUCGAUUAUUUGUUGCGAUUGCAAGAAUCGAUAAUGGAUUUCUAUUGGCAUUAUUCGAGCAAAGAGGUCAUUGAUCAGGCUGGAAAAUUAAACUUUUUCAAAGCGAUCGGAGUAGCCAGUCAAGUGUUCAACACACUGACUGAAGUAAUUCAAGGGCCAUGCAUUCUGAAUCAACAGGCGUUGGCUCAUUCACGUCUUUGGGAUGCUGUCGGUGGAUUUUUAUUCUUAUUCUCACACAUGCAAGACAAAUUAUCGAGACAUUCAAGAUCUGAUGAUUUGCUAACCGAAUUAAAUAAUUUGCAAAAAGACAUGAUCACAAUGAUGUUAUCGAUGCUGGAAGGAAACGUUGUAAAUGGCACCAUUGGCAAACAAAUGGUUGACACAUUAGUCGAGUCGGCAGCAAAUGUUGAAUUGAUUUUAAAAUACUUUGAUAUGUUUUUGAAAUUGAAAGAUUUAACAUCAUCAGCCAGUUUCACUGAAAUCGAUCCAAACCACGACGGUUGGGUGGAGCCAAAAGAUUUUAAAGAGAAAAUGGAGCAAACCAAAAAUUAUACAAUCGAAGAAAUCGAUUUUCUUUUCGCAUGUAUGGAGGUCAAUCACGAUGGAAAGGUUGAUUAUGAAGCAUUUACCGAUCGUUUCCAUGAACCAGCCACCGAAAUCGGCUUCAAUUUGGCGGUUUUGCUAACAAAUCUCUCCGAACAUAUGCCAAAUGAACCGAGAUUGUCACGUUUCCUGGAGACCGCCGGUUCGGUAUUGAAUUACUUUGAACGCUUUUUGGGACGCAUUGAAAUUAUGGGCAGUUCAAAGCGAAUUGAACGUGUCUAUUUUGAAAUUAAAGAAUCAAACAUUGAACAAUGGGAAAAGCCACAAAUUAAAGAAUCAAAACGUGCAUUUUUCCAUUCGAUUGUAACGGAAGGUGGCGACAAAGAAAAACUCGAAGCAUUCGUUAAUUUUUGCGAAGAUGCUAUAUUUGAAAUGACACACGCUUCAAAUCUCAUGGCAACCGAUGACACUAGUGAUAACACGAAAAAAGAAGCAAAAUACAGUACGUACAUUAGUGAAGAGGAUGAAGAAAGAGCGGCCAGAGAUCCACUUCGGCGAAGUGUGCAAGGAGCAAAGAAUGCAUUUGCGUACACCGUACAUCUAUUCAGUCCAUCGAAUAUCAAACAUCAAUUGGGCGUGAUUCAAACAAUGUCAAUACCCGAAUUGAUUGUUGGUUUCUUCAAGGUCAUUUUCUAUGCAUUCUAUUAUUCGGGCUAUGGUGUAACUUCGAUUGUCAAAUAUUUGCUAAUCAAUGUGCUAAUGUCGUUAAUGCGAGGACCAGCCGAAGAAGUUGUUGAAGAGGCACCAGUUGAAGAGGAACGAUUCACAAUGAAAGCAUUACCACCACUACCAACCGAAGACACAUCAAAAACAAUGCAGGCAUUCGGUCUGGAUAUUAGCAAAGAGGAAAAUGGACAAUUUAAAAUGGCACCGCACGAAUCAACGCAACCGAGUCCAACAGCUUCGGAAGACACUGGUGAAAGUACGCCCGAAGAUGGUGUAGCCGAAGGUGCCGAACCAACUGGCGAAGUUGAACAGCCAAUGACUUUGGUCGAUUUAUUGGGUGGUGAAGCUGCCAAACGUGCCGAUAUCGAACGAUCAGAAGCGCAAAAAGUUCAAGAAGCAGCAAUGGCAACAAUCGAAGCUGAAUCAAAGAAAACAUCACAACAAACCACCGAAACGCCGGCAGUCAAUCAAAUCGAUUUCUCAAAAUAUGCACAUCGUGUGGUUAGCUUUUUGGCGCGAAAUUUUUACAAUCUCAAAUACAUUGCAUUGGUUUUGGCAUUCGGUAUCAAUUUUAUGCUGCUAUUCUAUAAAGUUACAACAUUUGGCGAAGAUGCAGACGACGACGAAGAUGACUUACUUGGUUUUGGAUCUGGUUCGGGUAUGUUAGAUGGAUCCGGUGGUUCGGGCAGUGGAGAUGGUGAUGCUGAAGAUGAGGAUCCACUCGAAGCGGUACAUGUUGAUGAAGACUUUUUCUAUAUGGAACACGUUUUACGUGUGGCUGCACUUUUGCACAGUUUAUGUUCACUUGCAAUGUUAAUCGCUUACUAUCAUCUAAAAGUGCCAUUGGCGAUAUUCAAACGUGAAAAAGACGUUGCCCGACGAUUGGAAUUCGAUGGAUUAUAUAUUGCCGAACAGCCAGAAGAUGAUGCAAUUGCAGCGCAUUGGGAUAAAUUAGUAAUUUCAUCAAAAAGUUUUCCGGUCAAUUAUUGGGAUAAAUUCGUGAAGAAAAAAGUGCGACAAAAAUACAGUGAAACAUAUGAUUUUGAUUCGAUAUCGAAUUUAUUGGGCAUGGAAAAAAGUACGUUUGCUGCACAGGAAACAGAAGAAGGCGGUCUUAUUCAUUAUAUACUGACCAUCGAUUGGCGAUAUCAAGUGUGGAAAGCUGGUGUUACCAUAACGGACAGUGCUUUUAUUUAUGCACUUUGGUAUUUCACGUUUUCGGUGUUCGGUAAUUUUAAUAAUUUCUUCUUUGCCGCACAUUUGCUCGAUGUUGCUGUUGGUUUUAAGACGCUUCGCACCAUUUUGCAAUCGGUAACACACAACGGAAAACAAUUGGUGUUGACGGUGAUGCUUUUAACAAUUAUCGUUUACAUUUAUACGGUGAUUGCGUUCAAUUUCUUCCGCAAAUUUUAUAUACAAGAAGAAGAUGAAGAGAUUGAUAAAAAGUGCCAUGACAUGUUAACGUGUUUCGUGUUCCAUUUGUAUAAGGGUGUACGAGCCGGUGGUGGUAUCGGUGAUGAAAUCGGCGAUCCGGUCGGUGACGAUUAUGAAGUGUAUCGUAUCAUUUUCGAUAUAACAUUUUUCUUCUUUGUCAUCGUUAUUCUGUUGGCCAUCAUUCAAGGUUUGAUCAUUGAUGCAUUCGGUGAGCUUCGUGAUCAACUUGAAUCGGUGAAAGAAGACAUGGAAUCGAAUUGUUUCAUUUGUACGAUGGAAAAGAGUUUCUUUGAUGCGGUGCCGCAUGGUUUUGAUACGCACGUUCAGCAAGAGCACAAUUUAGCCAAUUACAUGUUCUUCCUGAUGCAUUUAAUCAAUAAACCAGACACCGAAUACACCGGCCAGGAAACGUACGUUUGGAAUAUGUAUCAACAACGUUCGUGGGACUUUUUCCCGGUCGGUGACUGUUUCCGGAAGCAGAACGAAGACAAAAAAGCUGGCGGCGACGAAUGAGGAAAUCAUUUGUCUUUUGUUUGUAUUUGGGUUUUUUUUUAAUUUCGAAACACCAUUUUACGUAUUAUUGUUCAUUUUUCGUGUUUUCUUCAUUGUCUUCUCGCUCUCACUUAUGUUUUGCACA